AUGGCACAAGAAUACUAUCAUUCCUCUGGCUUAACUACUCCUUCAGAAACUGAUUUAUCUGAAGAUGAAUUCACCACGUCAAGCUCUGAAAAUGAAACUGGCUCUGAAUUGAGUUCUGGUGGGUUAACUAGAACUAAUACCUUGGACUCGUUUGAAGAUAUUAGUACAAGUGUUGUUGAUGUUGCUAUGAAUCGUUUGACAAAUUUACUGGGUAGAACUUCAAUUGGUGAACCUAGAAUAUUAGAUGCUAAUUCUACUGCUGAUGCUGCUAAUACUGCAACCCCGGUCUUAAAAUUUACACUAGAAGAAGCUAGAGCCAUCUUGAGAAAAGAAGUUGCGGAAUCCAAGAAAGAAGGUGUUUAUAAACGUAUGAAUGAUGUAUUAUCAUCAAAUUCCACCAUGAUUAAUUCUGAUCGAAAAGGGUUUGGGUUUAAAUUUUUAUCGUUAUGUAUUACUGCAGCUUUUGGAGGUCGUCGUGGUGUUGAUCGAUAUGAUCGUGAUUUAACUUCAUUGAAUUUGAAAUCCGUUAUUCCUAAAUUAUCAAAUUGUUUUAAUGGUCAUCGUGAAUUAAACAUAACAAUGAUGUGUUAUAUUGGUCAUAUCAUCUUGUAUUAUUGGGAUAAUGAAGAUGUUCGUACCGCUCUGAUUAAUAGAUUUGGUCCAUUGGAUAGAGUUGUUGGUUCAAAAGCUAAUAUUCGCAAUGAAAUUGGUGCAAAAAGUCUUUGGUCUUCAAAAGUUACACCUGUUCAUUCAUUUACUAAGAAGAGAAUUAUUGGUGAAAUUGAAGAAAAACUGUUAUUGGAUGAAAAAGAAUUUGAAUCAAUAAUGUUGAAGAUUGGUAUUGAUUUGACUUAG